UUAAAACAGAUAACAGUAAAUUGAUAGUGAUAUAACGAUGACAUCACUUACAUCAAUAAUUCAAACUUUAAGUUCAAUUUUUUAAUAAUUUUUCCAUUAUUACACAGUAUAAUGUACAUACGAUUAUGAGACAAGAAUAGAAGAUACUAUAUUGAUAUUUGAUAUGUUUAAAUACUGAUCUAGUGAUCGAUUAAAAAUGAGAAUAAUUUAAGUUGUUUUUAUUUGACGCGUUUGAGUGUUUACUGUUUAAUGAUAACCUUGGUAAUUUAAUUUGGAUUCAUAGAAAUAGGUACAUUGUUCUUUGAGAAAUUUGUAUUGGUUUGUCUGUUUGUUAAUUUAUUAAGAGUUAGUAUAAAUCGUGCUGUUUAAAUUAUUAUAUUGCAAGAUGAUAAAAGAAUUAAGCACAGUCAGAGAAUGCAUAGUAAACACAAAUGUGACAUUAAAGUCUAUAAUACAGGACAUAUAUUCAUGUGAUGGACCUAUUGAAUCUUUAACACAAUUAAAUGCUGAUGGUAGGAAUCAAAUUAACAUAUUUAGGAAUUUAAUAGAAAACUUAGAGCUUUAUGCUCGAGAAGCAGAAAGUCAACAAGAACGAUCAGAAGUUGUAGAAGAAGCUCGUAAUCAGAGAGAAUAUUUAACUAGUAACAUUGCUUCAUUCAGAAAGGCUAAUGUAGAGUGUAUGGCAAGGAUUCACAAGAAAUCUAGUGAACAGUUGUUAGGUACAAGUAAAGAAGAACAAGUGCGACAUAAGCUGAAAAUGGAUAAAGAAAAUUUAUUAAAACAGUCGUCAACCGUUACCAAUCAACUAUUAUCAGUCAGUAGACAAUUGGCAAGCACAUCUCAACAAAGCUUGGACACUCUUGAAACUCUUUUAAAAUCAUCUUCAACUGUAUCUAAUAUAAGCAGUGAGAUUAAAAAUGCCAAGGGAGCGUUAACUCAGUCUGAAAAACUUUUAAACAAAUAUGGACAACGCGAAACAACUGAUAAAAUUAUUAUUAUGUUUGCUUUUGCAUUUUUUUUAUGUGUUAUUGCUUAUAUUGUUCAAAAAAGACUUUUUUGAUGCCAAAGUUUACAGUUUAAAAUGUUAUGAAAUUUGAAUGUCAAUAUGUAUAUAUAACUUAUUUAUUUUUCCAUUAUGAUUAAAUAUAAAAAAUUUUGCUCCAUCGCAACAAAAUUUGUUAUUCUAAGAUAUUAUGUUAGGUAAAAAUAUUUUUGUUUUAUAAUUAUAAAGUGUUUUUAUCACACACAGUUAUCAUCAAUGGAUAAAUUCAUUUAAAUAAAUGAUUUUUUCAUCCAUUAAUAUGAUUCAUAUAGUUUUUUACCACUAUAGAUAGGUGUUACAUUGGCAUAUGGGCUUUUUUAAAAUAUAUUUGUAGAGGACAAAUUGUAUAGGUAGAUAAAUAACAAACAUUCACAUGAUAUAUCCUUUAAAAGAUCUAGUGUUUAUUUAGAUAUAUUAUUUGUAUAUCAUAAUACAGGGCUAUGGGAUCCUUUAUUACAAAUUAUAAGAUGUUUCCUUAUAUUAAAUAAAUGAAAAAAAAGUAAUACUUGGAAUAGUUUGAUCUUUCCCUUAUCUAAAAUUGUGCUGCUUUGUACCAUGUAAUUUUUCAAGCAAAAUAUUAAUAUUGUGACAGCAUAUUUUAAAAAAAA